UUGGCUGUUUAUAUAUUGUUUCAGGACCAGCACAUGUUCCCCCUGGUUCAGUCCAAGAGAAAGUGAACAAAAGAUUGGUAUUUUUUUUUUCAGAUGCAUUCAGACAAUUGAUCAAAAAAAAGUUGUAAAGCUGGAGAAACAACAGAUCAUUAAAAACAGAAAUGGGAAUUGGUCAAGUAUAUAUGAUGCUAACUGUAAAUCUUUUAUACAUGCCAACCCAAUUUUUGCAAAUACAGUAGCAAUAGGAUUGUAGGAAGAGACAUAUGCUGAAGAAAAAAGACUGCCCAUGAGACCUCAGGAUUAUUACAAACAAGCUUUGACACCCCCCCCCCCUUUUCUUUGGCCAAUCUUAGGUAUGGCAGCUUUCAAAAUCAAGUUUAUUAAAAGCCAAAAUUAAUUUGAAACAAAGGGCCUUAGGAGGUUGGAGGAGACGGUUUUUUAAGUCAUGAGACCAUUUGUAGCAGAAACCUCAUGCAAGUCACAUGAACAUCAGUGCCUUUCUCGUUUCUGGCAAAGAAAAGGAUAAAAAGAGAGAAAACCAAGCUGUCAGGAGGACAGGAAAACAUGGGGGACAUCCUAUGCGGAAAUGUUCCCAAUCCUACAUGCAAAUGUUGCUGCGAAGAGACAGAAGGCUCAUUACAACAAGACAAUAUUCAGCCCAGUGGAGAGGAGCAAGCUUUUAAACCUGCAGGUACACACAGAAUACUACAACCACUGAAUUCCUCACAGCCUCAAUGGUUCCAUACACUUCAGAUACAAAAACCAAAACGCCGCCGCCGUUUCAGUGAAACUUUCCAAGAGCAGGAUUUUGCUGUCGGACUCCAGUGGGAAAGAAAAAGUCUCCCAUUUGGAAAAACCUCAUCCUACUUAAAUCUGGAGAAGCUGAGUGAGAGUUCCCAUUCCACUGUGUACAAAGGAAUCAGCAGAAUAUAUGGACAGCUAGUAGCUAUGAAAGUCAUCAGUCUGAAGACUGAAGAAGGAGUCCCUUUUACAACCAUAAGAGAAGCAUCCCUCCUCAAGGGCUUGAAACAUGCCAACAUUGUGCUUCUUCAUGACAUCAUCCAGACCAAAGAGAAUCUGACAUUAGUCUUUGAAUACAUGCACAGCGAUGUAGCACAGUACAUGUCUCAGCAUCCUGGAGGACUUCAUCCUCAUAAUGUUAUGCUCUUCAUGUUCCAACUUCUGCGAGCUUUGGUUUAUAUCCAUGAACAUCACAUCCUUCAUCGGGACCUGAAACCACAGAACUUGCUCCUCAGUUGCCAUGGAGAGCUCAAGUUAGCUGACUUUGGUUUAGCUCGUGCCAAGACACUUCCCGGACAAACAUAUUCGGCUGAGGUGGUGACACUUGGAUACCGCCCUCCUGAUGUGCUGCUAGGAGCCACAAAUUAUUCAUCUAAUAUUGAUAUAUGGGGUGCAGGUUGCAUAUUUGUUGAAAUGCUGCAAGGUCAACCAUUGUUUGCAGGAGUUUGCAAUACCUUUGAACAGUUGAAGAAGAUCUGGAUGGUACUGGGAGUCCCAACAGAGGAAACAUGGCCAGGAGUUUCCAAGCUUCAGCAUUAUCAACUAGAGAGGUUCUCCGCCAGUAAGCCUCGGAGGCUCCGAAUGAUCUGUGACAGGCUGAACAAAACCUCUGAAACUGAAGAUCUGGCAGCAAGAAUGUUAAAAGUUUGUCCCCAAAACAGGAUUUCUGCACAGGAGGCACUUACUCAUUGCUAUUUCAGCUCAUUGCCCUCUCAGUUGUACGACCUUUCUGAUGAACAGUCCAUCUUCACCGUCCCCGGAGUGAAGCUGAAACCAGAAAUGUUUGAUCUCUUUGCUCCAUAUGAGAAAAGCCACCAACACAUCAGUUCUAGCAAGUUUUGGUGAAGAAGAAUAAAGGAGCGGAGCGUGUAGGCAAUGAAUGCUAUUUAUCAUCACUGCUUGAGAGAAUUGCUGAUACCUACUAGCUAAAGGAGACUGAACCUUUCCUAACAAUGUAGCAUCAUCGCCAGCUUUUGGAGACUCAAAAACAAUGCCAGCUCCAUGCGGUGCUUGAACCACAUGCUCACUAAGGCCCCUUCUACACUGCCUUAUAAAAUCCGGAUAAUCCGGAUUUUGUAUGGUAAUGUAAAUGAGUUGCUUUAAAGGUGCAAAUGGAGCAGAGCUUGGCUAGUAUAGGUUGCUGAAAUAAUAACCAUGCUUCACUGGGGCUGCAGGGCUGCAGUUGGGUUCAGGAUUAAUUCAGGUUUUGUUUUUUUGUGUGUGUCAGAAGCAACUUGAGAACAUUGCCGCUGUGGCGCAAUGGGUUAAACCCUUGUGCUGGCUGGACUACUGACCUGAAGGUUGGGUUGCUGAUCUGAAGGUUGACGGUUUGAAUCUGCAAGAUGGGGUGAGCGCCCGUCUGUCAGCUCUAGCUUGCAGUGACACAAGAGAAUCCUCCCAGCAGGAUGGUAACACAUCUGGGCUUCCCCUGGGCAACGUCUCUGUAGAUGGCCAAUUCUCUCACACCAGAAGUGACUAAUUCAGAUUAAACAAAACCAAGAUACAUAACUAUUAAAAGAAAAAAAAAUUAAACAAAAAAUAUUUUACUUUACCAAAAUAAUGGAAAAUAGUUCUCUAUAUGUUAAGUCUUCAGAUUGCUCUCAUAAGUUUGCUUCAGUCUGUAAUGAGUGAAUCUCAAAUGUUACUAGAAGGAAGCUUGCAAAGGGGCAGGACUUCCCUUCAUGAAAAUGUGUCAGCAAAAGGGGAAACUGUACAGAUGUCCAAGCUGUCUGUUAUUCUGUGUUUGCCAUGUCAGAAAGAUUGACUUGGCAGCCAAGAUGUUAACAGUGCGAGUCUGAUCACUGGACCUCUAGGAUAAAUCCAAUUGUCUCUUAAUAGAGAUAUCCCUGGACCAGAUCAUUGGCUGAACAAACAGAACAGAUGGGGGCUGAUAAUUUUAAGAAUGCAGCAACUGAUCCAAGGCUUAGAGACAGGCUUGUCAUUCUUAGGGUUUGUUUCCGAUCUUUCCUAACAAAAGGACUCCUGGGGGAAGGAGAGGAUUAAUCUAAAGUUGAGCAGAGCCUCCAGGGAAGAUAGCUCCCUGGAUAAAGUCAACAAAAGGAAUUGUUUAAUAUUUGUUAUAGUUUCCUAAGGGGACCUUCUGCCGCCACUAAGGGGAUUAUCAUUACCCUGAUUCCGCACCAGCAGCGCAUUAGAAACGCGCCUCGCAGGCAAAUGAUUUUAUGACAUUCAGUUGACUUCUUUGGUCCCUUCCUAAACAUAUGUCCCUUUGAAAAUAAAAGAGAGUUGCAUGGGUCCAAUGAAGGAUUUUGGGCCACAGAAAUCAUACGUUUAGGCCAGCAUUAUAUCCAUGUGUCAGAACUAUGUGUUUAAUCUCCUUGAUCUCUGCAUUCUUGACAGAAUGACAGGAUAUCAAUAAGAAAGGUGCUGUUCAGUGACUUCUGAUGUGUGUAGAUAUAAGUGGAGGGUGCUACUGGUUGGAGCCUCUUUGAACUCUUUCAGGGAUACUACAUUCUCACAGUAUCAGAAUUUAUCUAGCGAGAACAAGAAAAAUCAAACUUGCUCUUGCUGCAGCAACAUGUUUUCAUCCAGUGCUCCAAAAGAAACUUGCUCCUCUCUAGUAACUACCACAAUCUGGGAGAAAUAAAUAUAGAGAAGACAAAUAUAAUUAGCAAAUUUAUACACAAGUCUGUAGAAUUUAUCUUUAUUACCAACACCAUGUAACAUGAUAUUUGUUCCUGGGUUAUCAAUGUCAUUUCCUAAUUGGCUCUAUCAUAAAAAAAACAUGGGAAAUGUUUAUUACUUUUUUAAACUUGGUUUUUGCGGAACAUCCUGCAGCACACUUUGCUUGAGUUUUUCAGUUAAUAUCUCAUAAUAAUAAUAAUAAUAAUAAUAAUAAUAAUAAUAAUAAUGCACUUUAUUUAUAUUCUGCUUUAUCUCCCCAGAAACUCCGAAAGGUACACAUAUAAGGCAAACAUUCAAUGCCUUUUACACAAAAACAACAUACAAUACAGGUACACAGACAAAAGUAAAGACCUUUUCCUUUUCAUUUCUGGCACCUGGAGGCAAAGCUCAACUCUGACCAUGGGGAGGUGCUCUUGUUCCAUUUUUCCAUGCCAAGGAUCCUGUUGCCUGUACACAUCUUCGAUCUUGUGUUUGCCGGCAUGUCAGCAUGGGGCGCCCUUUUACCUUCCCGCCAAAGUGGUACCUAUUGAUCUACUCAAAUUUGCAUGUUUGACAGAAGCUGGGCUAACAGUGGGAGCUCAUUUACGGCUUCAAGCUGCCAACCCUCUGGUGAGCAGAUUUCAUGCAGUUAGCAGUUUAACCCGCUGUGCUAUUGCAGCCCUCUUAACCAAUGCUACAUAGUUUGUGGCAGCCACAAAAACAAAGUUUCUGGAGCAUAACAACUACUUUCAAAGCAAGUACUGCACAAUUAAACAGGAAACAACACUUUCAAAACAGGAACAGAUUUUUUUCAAAAAUUUGUUACAUAGUAUAUCUCCCAUUGUUAGCCCCAGCUUCUGCCAACCUAGCAGUUCAGAAACAUGCAAAUG